AUGUCUCUCGUCUCCGGCGAGAAAUCGAACUUUCAGUUCAUCUUGCGUCUUCUCAACACCAACGUCGAUGGCAAAGAGAAGGUGAUGUACGCCCUCACCAAGAUCAAGGGUGUUGGUCGCCGAUACAGCAACUUGGUGUGCAAGAAGGCCGAUGUCGACCUCAACAAGCGCGCCGGUGAGCUCACCUCGGAAGAACUCGAGCGUAUCGUCACCAUCGUCCAGAACCCAACCCAGUACAAGAUCCCCGCCUGGUUCCUCAACAGACAGCGCGACAUUGUGGACGGCAAGGACUACCAGGUCUUGGCCAACGGUGUGGACAGCAAGCUUCGUGAGGACUUGGAGCGACUGAAGAAGAUCCGCGCCCACAGAGGUCUGCGUCACUACUGGGGCCUGCGUGUCCGUGGACAGCACAGCAAGACCACUGGCCGUCGGGGCAGAACCGUCGGUGUCAGCAAGAAGAAGGGUUGA